AUGUCGUGUUACCGAUUAAGUAAAUUAGAAUAUUUGCCCGAAAUGUCGGUGUAUAAAAAUUGCAACACAAACUGUGGAUCUAUUUCAAACAAGUUAUUACUAUUAGUAAGGCGAAGGAUGAAACCGUCACAUAAGGAGAAAAACGAAGAAAAAGAAAAAAUUGAUAACGUUAAAAGUGAAGAGAGAGAGGAAUUAGACUUUCAAUUUGACGAGGAACUCGAUACUCCACCUCCAACUGGCCGGCACAAUGCAUUUUCUGAAUGGUCUGAAGAUGAUGAAGAUUAUGAAUUAUCCGAUAGAGAUGUCAAUAAACUUUUAAUUUUUACACAAACGACAGUACCUAUGUCAACGCGUAUUCCAAAACACGAGGGUCAUGAUAGGACUGGUGAUUGGACAACUAGAGUAAAAAUGACCCAAGAUCUUGAGCAAGCUAUUAAUGAUGGAUUAUACUACUAUGAAGAAGACUUAUGGAUUAAAGACGGUCAAAGAUAUGGAUCUUCUUCUUCAAUUGGAAAUUAUAAAACUGUCAACGUGAUUAGUCAAGAAGAUUUUGAAAAGAUGGCUCCUAAAGCGCCUAAAAAGACUAAUCCAGAAGUUCCUCCUCCACCACCAGCUGCAAUAGAUGAUAUAGAAAUGUCUCAUUCUCUUCCAAUGCAGAUGUCAGCAACUACGGAUAAUCAAGAAAAAAGAGAUCGUCGUAUAGACAGAAGUCGUUGGAAUGAUAAAUCGAGAAGAGACAGUAGGAGUGGUAGAAGAGGAGUGGUUCCACGUUUCUUUGCGGUAGUAAAGGAUGAACCUUCGGUAGAUCCUAGAACACCGCGCAAACGAAAAACACGACACAGCAAUAAUCCUCCUGUUGAACAUCAUGUUGGUUGGAUUAUGGACGUUCGGGAGCAUCGACCGCGUACUUAUUCUACAGGAAGUAGUACAGGAACAAGUCCAAAUGAAGGUUAUCUUGCGAGUAGUUACGGAAGUGCACCGCAGUCAUUGCCUACUUUCCAUCAUCCGAGUCAUGCUCUUUUAAAAGAAAACGGUUUUACACAGCAGGUUUAUCACAAAUAUCAUUCACGUUGCUUAAAAGUGUACAUAAAAUAUAAUUCGUUCGGAUACACGAGUUUUAAUCGUCUUCAUGGUAUUUCAGAACGCAAAAGACUUGGAAUUGGACAAUCUCAAGAAAUGAAUACGCUUUUCCGUUUUUGGUCAUUCUUUUUGCGGGAAAAUUUCAAUCGUACCAUGUACGAAGAAUUCAGGACUGUAGCCAAAGAAGAUGCUUCCGAAGGUUAUCGAUAUGGUUUGGAAUGUCUUUUCAGAUUCUAUAGUUAUGGUUUAGAAAAGAGAUUUAGACAACACUUGUACAAAGAUUUCCAAGUCGAAACGAUACAGGAUUAUGAAAGUGGUCAAUUAUAUGGAUUAGAAAAAUUUUGGGCAUUUCUGAAAUAUUACAAACAUUCUGACCAACUUCAAGUAGACCUUAAAUUACAAGAAUAUUUAUCCAAGUUUAAAAGCAUCGAAGACUUUAGAGUGGUUGAGCCUCAAAUAAAUGAAAUGCUGCAAACAUUUGCCGCAAAUUCACGAUCUCAGGCCGCGAAAAGGCGAAACAGAAGUGUAUCCGAAAGUGCAGGUGAUGGUGAUGCUUCAUCUUCCAAUAGAGUUCGUCGACUAUCGGGUGGUUCCAGUGCUGUAACACUGCCAACGUCAAGUUCUGAAAACAAUCCUGCCGCACAGAAGUCUCGGGUGGAUUCGGUGAAUCUUUCACAACUUCGUAACAGAGCCAAUUCGUUUGGAUCUGGGCGAUUAAGCCAUCCCAGAAGACGGAACGAUGCUAGUUCUUUUUCUUCAAACAGUCAACGAGAUUUAAGUAAACAGCAGCAGCAAUCACGAAACAGACAAAGUUCCGGCUUGUGUGCGAAGACUCAAGAAGUGAGUGGCAAGCCUCAAAACACCAGUAGGGAUCGUUUACAGACGAUCUCGAAGUCCGAGCAGACGAAAUCAAUCACAAUUAAGACGGAUAGCACAUCGAUUUCUCAAAACUGA